GUGAAGAGACCAGAAGAGGGGAAAUACAAUCUGAGAACUAAACUGCCAAAGCCUAACACCACCUAGCAACAGUUGAAAAAACUUUUAAACAAAAGUCUGGGUGAGACACAGACAGAGUAUACCUCCUACUCCUCCUGCCUGGGAUUUCUGCAGAAGCAGCUACGGUCUUCUGUUCUCUACCUUGUUUUCUUCAUUACUUCCACUGCUGGUAGACCUAGAAACGUGGGAAAAGUUUCUAUCUUUGUGUUCUCCUGAGCUGGAUCAGUCAACUGCUGUGGUAGUGCUGUGGGACAAGCUACUGCGAUCUUGCAGGGUUAAAGGACAUAUUCCUGGGUUUGUGUUGCUGACAGGGAGCAGCAGGGACCCCAGUCAGCCUCAGGUGGGAGCAGCAGAGCGAUGGCACAGGGACACCUCUACCCUCGACUCUCUCCUCCCCCCUCCGGACCUAGAUUCUAGUGAAGCCCCUGCCCUGGGAGCGUCCCUCCACACAGGCAGGGAUGAGAUCCCGAAACCAAGGUGGAGAAAGCUCGUCUAACGGGCACUUCUCCAGUUCCAAGCCUGUCAUCAGCCAUGCAGAGAAUGAAAAACUUCAGGAGGAUGCCAAGAAAAAGAACAAACCUCAUCGGAAGGAAGAUGAGGUCAUGGCUUCAGCAACUGUCAAACGGCACUCAAAAUCACCUGGACCUUCUGAACGAAAGAACAAGAAGUCCAUAGAGCUUUCUAAAGAGGACUUGAUAAAACUGCUUAGUAUAAUGGAAGGAGAAUUGCAGGCAAGAGAGGAUGUGAUCCACAUGCUGAAGACAGAGAAAACUAAACCUGAAGUUUUAGAAGCUCAUUAUGGGUCUGCAGCUCCAGAGAAUGUGCUCCGAGUGCUACACAGGGAUGCCAUCCUUGCCCAAGAAAAGUCUAUAGGGGAAGACGUCUAUGAAAAACCAAUUUCAGAGUUAGACAGACUUGAAGAAAAGCAGAAAGAGACAUAUCGGCGCAUGCUGGAACAGCUCCUGUUGGCAGAAAAGUGCCAUCGUCGGACAGUUUAUGAGCUGGAAAAUGAGAAACAUAAACAUACAGAUUACAUGAACAAGAGUGAUGACUUUACCAACCUCUUGGAACAGGAGCGGGAGAGGUUGAAGAAACUUCUUGAGCAGGAGAAGGUCUAUCAAGCCCGGAAGGAGAAGGAACAUACAAAGAGAAUCAAUAAACUGAGAGAAGAACUAGUCAAGCUCAAAUCAUUUGCACUCAUGCUGGUGGAUGAAAGACAAAUGCAUAUUGAACAACUUGGUCAACAAAGCCAGAAAAUACAGGACUUAACCCAAAAACUAAAAGAAGAAGAAGAAAAGCUUAAAAUUAUCAGUGCAAAAACUAAAGAAGAUGGACAAAAACUGAUGAAGUUAGAGGCAGAACUUGAACACAAAACUUCAUCGUUUUCUCAAGAACAUGAGGAGAUGACUGCUAAACUGGCUAAUCAAGAGUCACAUAAUAGACAGCUAAGGCUUAAGCUAGUGGGGUUGACUCGCAGAAUAGAGGAGCUGGAAGAAACUAACAAAAAUCUUCAAAGAGCUGAGGAGGAACUUCAAGAACUAAGAGAUAAAAUAGCAAAAGGAGAAUGUGGGAACUCUAGCUUAAUGGCAGAAGUGGAAAACCUCCGCAAGCGUGUGCUUGAAAUGGAGGGCAAAGAUGAAGAGAUCACAAAAACUGAAUCCCAGUGCAAAGAGCUGAAAAAUAAACUGCAAGAGGAGGAGCACCAUAGCAAAGAGUUGAAACUUGAAGUGGAAAAACUGCAGAAAAGAAUGUCAGAACUAGAGAAACUGGAAGAGGCUUUCAGUAAAAGCAAGUCUGAAUGCACUCAGCUGCACUUAAACUUGGAGAAAGAAAAGAAUUUGACUAAGGAUUUGAUAAAUGAGUUGGAAGUGGUAAAGACUCGAGUGAAGGACCUUGAGACAUCAGAAAGCAAGUUGGAGAAGGCUGAAAUAAGCCUAAAAGAUGACCUUACAAAGCUGAAGUCGUUUACUGUAAUGUUGGUUGAUGAACGAAAAAAUAUGAUGGAAAAAAUAAAACAGGAGGAAAAAAAAGUUGAGGGUCUAAACAAGAAUUUUAAAGUUGAACAAGGGAAAGUUAUGGAUGUAACUGAGAAAUUGAUAGAAGAAAGUAAGAAAUUUUUGAAACUGAAAUCUGAAAUGGAGGAAAAAGUGUCUAGUUUGACAAAGGAAAGAGAUGAGUUAAUUGGCAAACUGAGAAGUGAAGAAGAAAAAUCCUCUCAACUAAGCUGUAGAGUUGACUUGUUAAAGAAAAGAAUUGAUGGUGUGGAGGAAGUAGAAAGAGAAAUUACAAGAGGUCGAACCAGGAAAGGACCAGAGCAUGGUUGUCAUGAGGACAAUAAGAUUAAGGAACUCACCGUUGAAAUUGAAAGACUGAAGAAACGUCUCAAACAAUUGGAAGUGGUUGAAGGAGAUUUGAUGAAGACAGAAGAUGAAUAUGAUCAGCUAGAGCAGAAAUUUAGGACUGAGCAGGAUAAAGCUAACUUUCUUUCUCAACAGUUGGAGGAAAUGAAACUCCAGAUUGCCAAAACCAAAGCAAUAGAAAAAGGUGAAAUGGUGAGCCAGGAGGCAGAGCUGAGGCACAGGUUUCGUCUGGAAGAGGCCAAAAGCAGAGAUUUGAAAGCAGAAGUUCAGGCUCUUAAGGAAAAAAUCCAUGAGCUGAUGAACAAAGAAGACCAGCUUUCUCAGCUCCAAGUUGAUUAUUCAGUUCUGCAGCAAAGGUUCAUGGAAGAAGAAAACAAGAACAAGAGCAUGGGGCAGGAAGUUCUGAACCUAACAAGAGAGCUGGAGCUUUCUAAGCGUUACAGCCGUGCUCUGAGGCCCAGCAUAAAUGGACGAAGAAUGGUCGAUGUCCCUGUGACAUCCACUGGCGUGCAGACAGAUGCUGUAAGCAACGAAGCGGCAGAAGAAGAAACUCCAGCAGUGUUUAUAAGGAAAUCCUUCCAGGAGGAGAAUCAUAUCAUGAGCAAUCUGCGACAGGUAGGUCUGAAAAAACCCAUGGAGCGUUCUUCAGUGCUCGAGAGAUACCCUCCAGCAGCAAACGAGCUCGCUAUGAGGAAAUCUUGGAUACCAUGGAUGAAAAAGAGGGAAACUGGGGCUCAGGCAACUCCUGAUAAAGGAGCCCGGACCCACAGUAGUCCAGCACAUCCUGGAGAGGUUGUCCUUUCACCAAAACAGGGUCAACCUCUUCAUAUUCGGGUGACACCAGACCAUGAGAACAGCACAGCAACUUUGGAGAUAACCAGUCCAACCGCAGAGGAAUUUUUUUCGAGUACCACUGUCAUUCCUACUCUAGGAAAUCAGAAGCCACGAAUAACCAUCAUUCCCUCUCCAAACGUUAUGCCACAAAAAGGAAAAGGCAGUGAAAGUCCCAUGGGCCCAGAUCGUUCUAUGUCUCCAGUCACUAUAACAACGUUCUCCAGGGAAAAGUCCCCAGAGGGAGGGAGAGCACCCUUCGCCGACAGACCUGCAUCGCCAAUUCAGAUUAUGACAGUAUCAACAUCUGCAGCACCAGCAGAGAUCUCUGUCUCCCCACAGUCACAAGAUAUGACCAUGGGAAGGGCUGUCUUCAAAGUAACACCAGAAAAGCAAACCGUCCCAACUCCAAUCCGCAAGUACAAUGCCAAUGCCAACAUUAUUACGACAGAAGACAACAAAAUCCACAUCCACUUAGGUUCCCAGUUUAAACGUUCUCCCAGUGCUGCACCUGACGGUGCGAGUCCUGUGAUAACAGUGAGACCAGUGAACAUAGCAGCAGAGAAAGAAGUUGUGACCGGUACCGUCCUUCGAUCACCUCGAAACAACCUGUCCUCGCGACCCACAGCGAGCAAGGUGACAAGUACCAUCACUAUAACGCCUGUUACAACAUCUUCCACCCGAGGAACACAAUCAGUGACAGGACAGGAUGGGUCAUCCCCGAGACCUACACCCACCCGCAUUCCUGUGUCAAAAGGUAUGAAAGCAGGAAAGUCAGUAGUGGCAGCCCCAGGAGCAGGAAAUGUGACAAAAUUCGAGCCUCGUGCCGAGACUCAGUCUAUGAAAAUAGAACUGAAGAAAUCUUCAGCCAGCAGCUCUGCCUCCCUGGGCGGGGGUCAGGGCUGAUGGCAGUGGCUCAGGGGAGAGUGUCAUCAUUCACCAGUUACGCAUGAACUCUAGAUGAGUUACGGCCCCGCUAGAGCUCCCUGUGUGCACUACCCUCCGCGCCCGUGGGACGGAUCACUGUAAAGCUCCCUGCCAUCAACACCAGGGUCACUUGUGCUACUGACUAUUUGUGGAAGUAUUAGUGCUUCCGUUAGAUUUUAUAUAUAUAUAUUUUUUUUUCUCUUGGUAGAGCUUUAAAAAUGAAGGGCCUUGCUGGCAUUUUGAGAGUACCUAGUCAGAGACAGAGAAGCAGUCUUUCUGCCGGCUGAAUUUCACUUUUAUUUGCAAAGCCUAAGGCAUGUGCUUGAUUUUGUUUGAUAUUUGCCAUAUAAUUUAUUUUUAUAAUACACUUUGUAAUGUAACUGUCUCAAAGUUGCAGUUCCUGUUGCUCGUGGCGCAUUUAUUUGUAGAAUACACUGUUAAAUUUGCAAUUUGAUAUUUUUGUAACAGAGAGUAUGUAAAGAAAAAUGUAACUACAGCAAUGUUUUGAGUUUAAAUGGAAAAUUAUUCAGCACUGCUGUAUGGCAUUUCUACUAUUGCAGAAUAUUUCUUGCACUGUGUGAUGGUUUGGCAUAAAAUUAGGUAUUAAAGCCCAAUGCCUUGAAAUACAACCAGAUUUGCUCAUUUUAAACAAUGUAAGCCAGUUUUUAAAGCUGUGAUUUUUUUUUCUACGUAAAGUAUGUUUUUAUUUCUGCCUGUACCAAAAAAAGGUUGAUUUUCAUUACACUGUAACUAAUAAAUUUUCACAACUAUGCAAAUAUAA